UAACAGAAAAAGAAAUAUAUACGACUUUUUUUCUUGCUGCUUUUCAAUUCGCCGUUGCCGCUCUCUGCCUACCUCGCGGCCGCCAUUGCUGCUAGCAAACACACACAUUGCGGAAUCAUUUAUUUCAAGUAAAAAUUACGGCCCAAAAGCCUGGAUCACAGGCCCUGAAACGUAUUCCAAACGAAAGAUUUCUGAUUUCUUGCACUUUAUCAAAUUGUAGAUAUGAAAAAGAAUCCCUAGGUGCUAAUUUUAGUUGAUAAGCGUAAAAAUAAAAAGAAAACAGAUUUUAUUUUAAGCAAAAAAUAAAAACGAGACAAAUUUCCAAUUGGGUUGUCGGUAGAAAGAGAGCGUAUAACAACAUUUACCUCGAGCGCUAAAGAGUAUGCAACAGAAAACUGAUCAUGCCAACAACGUAGCCCACAGCGAAGAAGAAGAAGCAGCAGCAGCAACGCUCCCCCAUACGACACAGUAACAGAGAUAAAACGCGUAAGAGGGUGAGAGAGAGAGAGAGAGAGAGCGUGCGACAGAGAGAGGGAGAGCAAGAGUUUGAGAGAAAGCAAAAGCGCUACUAUUUUUGUACCAAAAACGAAAAAAAACAACAAGAAAAAACACACACACACACCGCAGAACUGCAAGGCUAAAAAUGUCGAAAUAUUUUAUUACUGUCAAUCCUCCCAACUCUAAUAACACACAACGGCGGCAACAACAACACCAACAACACCACCACCAACAGCAGCAACAACAACAACAUUAUGGAGGUGGAGCGGUUACUGGUGUUGUUGUACUUCCACCCACCACUCAAGUGGCACGUAAACUCAAUUAUGAUAUACUAAACACCACCAAUAGCACCAACCACAACAACAACAACAUUGUGAUCAAAAAUGAGAAACUGGACAUGGACUAUGAGCACGGCAUAAGCAGUAGCAAUAGCAGCAGCAAUCAUAGCGAUAGCAAUAGCAAUAGCAACAGCGGUGUGGCUGCUCAUCUAAGAGAUCAUGUCUACAUUAGUCUUGGCCACAAAACCGGCAACAACAACAACAACAACAAUACGACACAAGCAACAACCCCAGCGGCAACAACAACCACACCAACAUCAGCAGCAACGCAGCUCAACAUACAGCAACAGCAGCAACAACGCAGCAAUGUGGCCAGCAGUGGGAAAACGACUGAUAUCACACAAUAUUAUAAGGUCAAACGUCGACCACAUGCCAAUAGCUUUGAGAUACAUCCGAAGAAACAAGCCAAACAGAGUGACCAGCAUCAAACGGUUGUCUAUCAGAAACAUGUGGUCAGCAGUACACCAAAUCGCCAACACCACGACAUUAACAUCGACAUCGACGACGAAGAAGAAUUCGUGAGCGAGAAGGCAAAUCUCUCGUCGUCACAGCAACAGUUUGUGCUGACAACGCCACAGCAGCAGCAGCAGCAACACCAUCACCACCAGCAGCAUCAACAGCAGCUGGUCUCAUUGGUUUCAUCGGCGACCUCCACAUCGGGCGGUGGCAGCGGCGGCGGCGGUGGCAUCGGCAGUGCUGGUGAUCGCAAUCGGGCAGACACUUCUCUGGGAAUAUUAACGAAAAAGUUUGUGGAUCUAUUGCAAGAGUCACCGGACGGUGUUGUCGAUCUUAAUGAGGCCUCCAAUCGUUUGUCCGUGCAAAAGCGUCGCAUCUAUGAUAUCACCAAUGUCCUUGAAGGUAUUGGCAUAUUGGAAAAGAAAUCCAAAAAUAAUAUACAAUGGCGUGGUGGUCAAUCGAUGGUCAGCAGCGAGCGAUCUCGACGCAUCGAGGCGGAAAGUGAACGGCUGGAACAACGUGAAAAUGAGCUAAAUAUGCUGAUUGAUCAGAUGCGUGAUGAAUUGAGAGAGAUAUCACAGGAAGUGGAGAAUGCCGGCGGUUUGGCCUAUGUAACGCAAAAUGAUCUAUUGAAUGUUGAUCUGUUUAAAGAUCAGAUUGUUAUUGUGAUUAAGGCGCCGCCAGAGGCCAAGCUUGUGUUGCCCAAUACAAAACUACCGCGCGAAAUCUAUGUGAAGGCUGAAAAUAGUGGAGAAAUCAAUGUAUUCCUAUGCCAUGAUUAUUCGCCAGAGAAUUCACCAAUCGCCGCCAGUGGUGGAGGCUAUUUGGGUGCUGGAUCAGGAGCAUCUGGAAAUGGAGGCCAACUGCCAACCCGAAUGGGGGCAGUACGGACAGCCACAUCCACAAGAUUGCAUCAUUUGACCAAUCAGCGUCUAAAUGAUCCGCUCUUUAAUAAUAUUGAUGCCAUGAGCACCAAGGGCUUAGGCCACUUACCAUAUCGCUCUGCCCAGCGUAAUCUUAGUAAAUCAAUUGAGGAUGCUGCCAAGCAAUCCCAGCCUGAAUAUAAUAUUUGUGAUAUUGCAAUGGCCCAACAGCAGCAACAGCAGCAUCAUCAAUCGACAGCAGCCGGUGUUGUGGUGGAUGAUAAUGAUGUCGAUGAUGAGCUGAAUCAGUUGGUGCCAACGCUGACCAGUCCAGUGGUGCGUAGUGCUGGUGGUGGUGUUGGUGGUGGACCCCAUCAUCAUCAUCAUCAUCAUCAACAUCAGAGCCAACUUUUAGAGCAACAGCAGCAGAAUUCUAUACAGCAGCUGUUUAGGAGUCUAACAGAAACAGAAACUGAAACCUCGCCUACGCCACAAGUGCGACGUUGUGGAGAUGCAACAACAAGAACAGCAACUACGCUUAAUAAUAGUCAUAACAAUAGCAACAACAACAACAACAUACACCCCCCCUCCUAUAGCAGUAGCAGUCAACAGCAGCAGCAGCAGCAACAGCAUCGAGAUGUGCCCAUGUAUAAUUGUGCAAUGGAAGGUACAACAACAACAACAGCAAGUCGAGAAGGAGGAGCAGGAACAACGGCGUCAAACACCACGAGAACAACAACAACAACAACCUCUUCAGCCAUGAGCUCACUGGAAAUGCAAUUCAAUGCUGUGGCCAAUGAGCAUAGCAAUAGCAGUAACAGCUGCAGCAGCAACAACAACAACAACAACAACUAUGGCAACAUCGCUGGCGCUGGCGCCAAUGCGGAACAACAACAACAACAGCAAGCAGAGCAACAGCAAUAUAAUUCCAAUCGCCAUAGCCCAUGCCCGCCCAUGCAAAUGACAAUGCCAUUGCCAGGUGAUUGUUAUCCCGGCAGCAAUAGUAACAGCAGCAGCAACAAUGCCGCACUCCAAGGACUCGAUUUGACCUUUUUGAAUGAAAUUGGCGCGGACUAUUUCAACAAUGAUUUGAAUACGUUUGUGUCAAUAAAUCCGCCGGAUGACAACGAUUAUCCUUAUGCUCUGAAUGCGAACGAAGGUAUCGAUCGAUUGUUUGAUUUUGAGACCCAUAAUUAUGGUCCCCCCUGAAAGCGAACAAGCCGAAAAAGGAGAAGAGCCAAGGUCACAAGUUGAACAGAAGGAGGAGCAAACAAGCAAACGACUGCUUAAGAGGGUGCGGGGCGCGCAGCAAGGGGGGGUGUUUAUAAUUUUAAAUUAUAUACAUUACAAGUAAAACAAAACAAAGAAACAAACAAACAACAACAACAAUUAAUUACAAGCAGCACAUAUUACACAUUACAAAUUACAAAUUUAUUAUUAUAUAUAUACAAUCUAUAUAUAAAUUAUAUAAAAAACAAAAAAAAUAUAUAAGAAAACAAAACACAAAAAACAAAAAAAAACAAAAAACGAUCAUUAACAAAUUAGCAAACUAAAUGAAACUAAGUUGUGUGCAAACACUUUUAAGCGUAAAACAAAAACAAAUCUACAUUUAAAUUUAUAAACCAAACUAUUUUAAGCAUAAAACAACAACAACAAAAGCAGCGGCAAAAUCAUUUCAACUUUUAGCCUUCUUAUAAGCAAAAUCGUUUCCUAUCUCAAAUUGUUUAGUUUUGGCCAAAAAUUGUCACACACACACACACACACAUAAAAAAGUCGUUCAUUUUAAAUAGUUAUAAAAGAAAAAAAUUAAUAAUAAACAACAAGUUUAUUAUCCUUAAAAGGAGAAUCAAAUAAUAAAACCAGCAAAGCGAUAAAAUUUCA